ACACACAGAGAGACGCUAACCAAGGUUAUAAAUAAUAAUACCAAGGUACUUCACACAAACUUAGUGACCUAUCAACACAACAAAUCAAGUGACCGAGGUUUUAAUAUAUAAAUAUCAGCCGCAAUGAGUAACCCUUUCAGUAAGUUCAUACGGCAGUUCAAUCGCACAGAGAUGAAUCUCAAAUUCAUCUGCUUGACCGGCGGGUUAACUAUAUUGCUCAUAACAGCAGUAAAAUGCUGGUACUCGUAUAAGUGCAAGGAACUCAAAUUUUGUGAUAAACUUCGCAACAGGGCACCAUCAAAUUACACGCUGAAAGUUUCAAGCAAAUUAAAUUGUUCGUUAAUUGGAAAAUUGGUAAAUAGAGACACCGACAAGCAUUUUGAUUUCUUCCUUACAGCAUUAGCAGGAGGAAAGUUUAGCAUUUACAUAAACGAUCCUAUAAACUUGAGAUAUCAAGUCAAUGACUCUUUACCUGAAAUGCCUCUGGAAACCGAUAUGACAGUAAACGUUAAUAUGCUAGAUGUCGGUGAAUUGGUUAUCAUAGAGUUCGAAGAUAUCAAAAUCUAUCUUUCUACUGAUCCUUUCAAUUUAACGGUGUAUCGUGAGGGCCAAGAAAUCGUUAAAAUAAAUCCACGGCAAUUGUUAACUUUCGAAGAAGAUCCCGAAGCACCAGUAGCGCUCGACUUUAAUUUUCCGCAAGCACUGCGGGCUUAUGGAUUACCGGAACAUGCUGAAAGACUGGCAUUAAGAACCACGACUAACGGAUCUGAGCCCUAUAGACUUUAUAAUAUAGAUCGCUAUGGUUACGAAGUGAAUUCCACACAAGCAUUAUACGGAUCAGUUCCUGUGUUAUUUGGUCUGGGAGUUAAUAUGACCGCAGGAGUUUUCUGGUUAAAUUCAGCUCAAACGUUUGUUGAUAUCACGCAUAAGAAGACCGGAAUUGAUUCUUACUUUAUAAGCGAAACUGGAGCUUUGGAAGCAUUUAUUUUAACGGGGCCAUCUUUGAGAGAUUGCGUAAAACAGUAUAUUAAUUUAACAGGAGUCGCUCCUCUACCACAAAUGUUUGCUUUGGGCCACCAUCAGAGCCGUUACAGUUACAUGAGCCAAAAAGAAGUUUUGGAAGUCUGCAAUAAAUUCGAUGAGAACAAAUUUCCACUUGAUGUAAUUUGGAUGGAUAUUGACUAUACAGAUAAAAAUAAAUAUUUCACUUGGGAUCCCAAAACUUUCCCAAAUCCUAGUUCUAUGUUGAAUGCUUUAAACAAGCAGGGUAGAAAAGCAGUAGUUAUAAUUGACCCACACAUUAAAAGGGAAAAGGGAUAUUCUGUUUUUGACGAAUGUGAAUCUAAAGAAUAUUUUGUGAAAAAUCCCAGUGGUACAAGUUUUAAAGCCUCAUGUUGGCCAGGACUAUCCAGCUGGAUCGAUUUCUUCAAUCCUGAAGCAUUAAAUUAUUAUUCUGCUUUAAUUGCUGAUUUUGCUAAGAGCAAUAAUCUCCACAUUUGGAAUGAUAUGAAUGAACCUUCCGUUUUUGAGGUUCAAGAGCAAGCUAUGGAUGGAAAUUGCAUACAUUAUGAAGGUUGGAAGCACAGGGAUGUGCAUAACCAGUAUGGAUUUUAUCAAACUGUUGGUACAUACCAAGGACUGAUCGACAGAAGCAAUGACGAAAUAAGACCUUUUAUUUUAACAAGGUCCUUCUUUGCUGGAUCUCAGAGAUAUGCUGCUCAUUGGACGGGGGAUAAUGUGGCUUCGUGGGAACAUCUGAAAUAUUCUAUUCCUAUGAUGUUAACUGAAGCUCUUUGCGGCCUCAGCUUUGUAGGAGCCGACGUUGGAGGUUUUAGUUGUAACCCAACUGAAGAACUUCUACAGAGGUGGUACCAAGCUGGAGCAUGGUAUCCAUUUUUUAGAGCACAUUCAGCUGUCAGUACAAAACGAAGAGAACCGUAUUUGUUCAACGAUAAAAUCCAGCAAAGAAUAAGAAAAUCAUUGCAACAGCGUUACAAACAUCUGACUUACUGGUACACCAUGUUUUGGGAACAUUAUUUAAUCGGAGAACCUGUUAUUAGACCACUGAGUUACGAAUACUCUGACGAUAUAAAUACAUACGAUAUUGACAAUGAGUUUCUUGUUGGUUCAGAUAUUCUAGUUCACCCGGUCACUGAGAAAAUGGCGAAAAAUGUCACAGUGUACUUACCAGGAGGAGAAAAUGAAUUGUGGUAUGAAAUCGACAAUUUUAAUGAAACUUACACUGGACUUGGGAUAAAAAAUCUUCCCGUUACUUUGGACACUGUACCAGUAUUUUACAGAGGAGGAAGUAUUAUACCUGUUAAACAAACAGUUAGAAAUACUUCGGUUUAUAUGAAAGACGAUCCCAUAACUCUUUUAGUUUUUCUUGAUAAAUAUAAUUAUGCUAAAGGUACUGUUUAUGAUGAUGACCAAGUGUCGUUUGAUUAUCUUUCAAAUAAAUAUACAUACGUCAGAUUUACUUUUUAUAAUAAUUCUUUGAGAAACGAAAUUAUUGACGAUGAAGCUAGUUAUGAUCAAGCAACUAUUUUAAACUCUGUUAUUUUUUAUGGACUAAAGACCACUGUUUCUCAAGUUUCUGUUGCAACAAAAAAAUCAGUUCCUGAAGAAGAUCUUGUUAAAAAUAUGUACACCAGAAAUGUAACAGUAAAUAAAAAUAGAGCAACUAUCGAUAAUUUAAAUUUAGACAUUCGACAUCAGUUUGUUAUUAGAUUUGACGAAAAUAUAACUUUCCUUGAAUAGUAUAUAUUUCCUUACAAAAAAAUUAUGUAACUUCUCUCAUAUGUAUCUGUAUUUACAUCAUUGUGUACAGGGUGAUGGAUAUGUCUUGGCAAAUAUUUUUUUAGUUGAAAACUCCAGAAGAUAAUUCAUUUAUGAAAACAGUUAUAUUUUUAAUGGCUGUCACUUAAAUGUAGGAUAAAAAAGUUCAACUUUUAUAUUUACAUCAUGUGACAUUCUAACGAUUUUAAAUUUUUACAGAAGUAAACUCCUUUUCAUUCUGGUGGAAAGAACUUUUACUUUUUUUAUUUAGUGUUCAACUUUUUUCGUGGUAUUGACAUCGAAAAUUACUCUCUUGAAAUUAUCGGCCUUAAUAUACGAAGUACAGAUGGAGACAGAGAAACAUUUCUUUAAAACUUUUCUCUUCAAAUCGAAUGUAGAUAGCUAUUUUGCAAAAUUUAUGUGAUAAUACAGAUACAGAUACUGUUGGACGUUAUGCAAAUUUUGAGCCAUACUGUAAAAAUGUUUGUACACAACUGCCUCCAAUCUUCGUUUAUCAAGGCCAAAAUUUCACGAAAGUAAUUUUCAGCUAUAUUAAUAUUGUAAAAACAAAUUGAAUGUAUAAAAAAACGUUUGAUAGAAAAAAAUCCUACAGCUAAAAGAACCUCGCACAAAAUCAAUGGAAAAUGGGUUCCAGUCGAUAUUGUACAACACUUUUGAGAUCGCUGAACCUGAAUUCGGGGAUAGCGCAACUAUCUAAGGUCAUCUGGAGGUCAGGUAAAGGUCGUUUCAAGGUCAAACUGAAGAAAAGACGUAUUGAAUUUUGACCAGUGAGUGAAUAGG